CUGAUCCAAAAUUUAGUGGUCCCAUAAAUAAUGUAACAGUUCCGGUUGGACGUGAUGGAACAUUGACGUGUAUAGUACAUGAUUUGUUGGCGUUAAGGUAAAUUAAUGUAGCCUGGCUACGCGUCGACACCCAAACCAUACUCAGUAUACAAAAUCAUGUUAUAACGAAAAAUCAUCGCAUCAGUAUCAGUCACACAGAACAUCGUAUUUGGCAGCUACGUAUACGUGAUGUUCAGGAAUCAGAUCGGGGCUGGUAUAUGUGUCAAAUAAAUACUGAUCCCAUGAAGUCGCAAGUGGGUUAUUUGGAUGUUGUUGUGCCGCCCGAUAUAAUAGACUAUCAGACUAGUAAUGAUAUGGUGGUAGAGACGGGGCAGAAUGUUAGUUUAACCUGUACCGCCACUGGGCUACCAGCCCCCAUAAUAACAUGGAGACGUGAAAAGGAUUUGGCUCUGUAUACAGAGAAUGGUCGCCAUAUUUAUAGUACCGAAGGUCCCAAUUUGACUUUGUAUCAAGUGUCAAGAGAAACAAUGGGUGCUUAUUUGUGUAUAGCUUCUAAUGGUGUUCCGCCCACUGUUAGUAAAAGGAUUUCUUUGAUAGUUAAUUUUUCUCCCUUUAUCUGGACUCGUUAUGACACCAUUUAUGUGGGCUUUGGGCAAAAAGUUAUUUUAGAGUGUAUUUCCGAAUCUCAUCCCACUUCGGUUAAUUAUUGGCUUAAGGAUAAGGAAUUUUUACAAGGCGGUUCCUUUGAAACUGUUUUGCAAAAUAAUGUCUAUAAAAUUGUUAUGCGUUUAGCUGUCAGACCUACAAAAUCAAGAUUUGGUGAAUAUAAAUGUUUGGCCAAAAAUAUGUUGGGUGAAAUGGAACAGACAAUAACAUUGUAUCACAAGGCCAAAAAGAAUCAACAGCACGCAUAUCAAACCAAUAGCAAAGACAAUCAAUGA